GUUCGAUUCACCGAUGACGUCAUCAGAGCCCGAGUGCCGGCGGUGCCGAGGUGAACUGUGGGCCGCGGGACUGUUGGUUUGGGAGUCGCCGUGACCGGACGUGUGGAGGGCCCACGUCGCGAGGCAAGCUUAACCGCUUUUCGACUCUGCACCGGCCAGCCCUUGCCGGAGCCUGCUGAGAUGGGGCCUUGCCUUGCCCGGAGGCGUGUUCAGCGGCGAUAUAUUCAAGAUUUACGCUAAGGUGAUGUCGGGCGGCGACAGCACACCGAAGCUCUCCAAAUCCGACCUGGAGGAGCUGCUGCACAGCAAGGUGGACUCCUUCAAGACCUCCGCGCUGACGGCCCCAGGGGAGAACUACGGGAGCACCAUGCUGCUGGUGGAUGUCAUGCUCCCACCUGACUGUAGGAAGCUCUCGAUCGCAGCCAAGCUGGUGCCGGCAUCCCCACACAUGCGCAAGAUGUUCAACAUCCAAGACACGGUGCGCAAGGAGAUAAGCAUGUACCUGCUGGCCAGGCCCGAGCUGUGCGCCGUCCAGAGAGAGAGCGGCAUUCCGGAGGACCUGGUGCUUGACGUGAUUCCCAAGUGCUACGGAGCGCGCACGACGAGGAACGGCGAUAUCGAUCUCCCGGUCGAUGAGAGCUCCGCCAUACUGUUGGAGAACCUCAAAGCAUCCGGCUACCAGCUCGUGGAUCGCAUCGUCGGGAUGGACCUGAAACACACUGAGCACGUGGUGACCCGCCUGGCACGUCUGCAGGCAACAGCCAUAGCGAUCAAGCUGAAGAAGCCCAGUGUAUUCAAGAAUAUCUUGCUCAAGACGGCUUUCUACGUAAGCAACGCACCACCACCAGGAGAAAAGGGCCCCAUAGACUCCAUAGAUGCCCUGUCAAGCAUGCCUUUAAUCGCUCAGCAUAAGGAAAAUCUGAAGGCAGUGAUCAAAAAAGGUUUGGAACUGAGACAAAUGAAGAAUGCCCCUGCACCGAGAGAACCUUUCGCCACGCUCGUGCACGAUGAUUUAUGGACGAACAACAUAAUGGUAUCGUACAGCGGAGAUGGAAAUAUAAGCGGACUGAAGAUUUUGGAUUUUCAGUCGGUCAUGUACGGAUCCCCAGCGAUAGACUUGUUGUUUUUCUUGUUCACCUCCACAAACCUCGACAUGACGAAGAAAGAAUGCGACAGGUUCAUUCAAAUGUACUAUCACGAGUUUGUGGAUUGGUUGGAACUCCUUGGCUGCGAUACCAAACCAUUUUCUUACAGGACAUUUCUGGACGAACUCAAGUCCGAAGGUUUUGUGACGUUUGUACACGUUUUUUUCAUGUUGCGGAUAAUAUGUCUCCAUGCGAGCAAAGCACCCGAUCUUACAAAACCUUCGGAAUUCGACAGAAUAUUCACAGACAAUAGUGGCUAUGACGAUAUAUACUUCAAGAAGACCGAACGGCUUGUGAAAGAAUUCAUGGACAGGAAUUGGAUAUGACUUUUGGUAUGAUGUUAGGUUGGUUUGCAGAUUUUUGCUCAGUAAUCUUUAUUUCUCAGUAUUCCUUUCGUUAGGUAAUGAAGGUAUAAAACUAAUUGACAUUGUAGAAUAUUUUAAUGGCAAAAUAUUUAAUUUUGUA